AUGACAUUCAACGUGAUCUCCAAACACAACGAUUCAGUAUUUCUCUUUUCAAAUUUGGUCGGUGAUAUAUAUUUUGCGUCGUGGAAUCAAACAUUUUUUGACAAUAAUUUGGUGCAGGACAAAGAACUUUCUCCAAAAAUGAAAACGAGGUACUUUUUGGAUGAUGCUGGCGAUACUUUUCAAAACUUAAUAAUCAACAGAUCAGAUUAUCUCCAUUCGGACAACUCAUCUCACGAUUCGGAUGAAAAUACAGGACAUAUCACACUUCAUCUGAACUAUUCUUCUCCAAACUGGAUUAGGCCUUACGUCGAAAUUAUCAAGCAUGAUGGCAAAGUAGCAAAGAUGAACAUGAGUUGUUACAAUUCAUCAUACUACGACAAUUGUUGUCCUUCCGAAAUAAUUCACGAGAAGAAGUUCUGGAACAGUUUACCAGCUCCCGUCAUCUGCCAGCUCAGUUUUAAACUGGACACUUGCCAAUCAUACAAGGCUUACCUGGGAGUCGAAAUGAAUGAACAGUCAAUUGGAAGUGAACGCUGUUCAACAGUUUACGACGACAACUUUUCCAAAACAAAAGGACCUGAUGAUCCGUCGGAUGACCCUGGUGCUACCACAGACAAACCAAGUAAAACAGUUGUUAUAAAUGCUUUUCGUUGA